UGCGCCUUCAUUGAUGCUCUGGGUAAAACCCACCCGAAAUUGCGUAUUACGUCUGGAUAAAACCUUCUUGACAGAAUGACUUCUGGUCACUCUUGUGCUGCCGUCCACGGAGUCAACAACUUCGCCCCUGACACCGUGCCCACUCUGGCUGACAUAACGUGCGUGAUCAUCAUCAGUUGUUUUGCGUCUUGGAUCAAGUUUGAAAACGGAUAAAAUCCAACAUGGCUGAUCACCUGUCUUUCCUCGGCUCUGUUCUGCUGAUAUGCUUCAUUGCCGAGUCGAGUUGUAAACCGACCUGUGGGAAGGCGUUUUACCUUGAUGCCGCUACCGGCAAUUGUGAUCCCUGUAGCGAUAUCUGUCAACACGUUGUCGUCCAAAACACCGUUGACUUGUGCAAUGACAAGUGUCCAGGUUACCUCGAUGCUGUCAACUGGAGGCUGUGCCUAACCACACAGUACUAUGACGACGUAGUGGGGCGGUGCGAGGAGUGUGACGAGUUGUGUCGACACGCCCAGCAGACAGGCCGACAAGAACAGUGCAACCGACAUUGCCCAAAGUGGACAACUCCAACCGUGUAUGGUAUUGGUGCUGUUACUGUCGCAUCCUCAAAUGUUAACGGAUCAACAGAGCCGGAAAGUCAUGCAUCAGUGGACAGUAAACAUAAUAUUCCUCUGAUUGUCCUCUGUAGUAUUGCUGGGGUAGUUACUGUUUUAAUUCUGGUCACUGUGGCCCUCAAAACAAGACGUGAGCUGUCCAGACGAAUCACCCACAGACUGACCAAGGCAAAAUGUACCAAGAGUGGGACACAAGAGCGUGGGCAGGCACAGGAAGAAAUGCAGAGAUUAAGUGUUCCUGAAACAGAAAGACCGCCGCCUUCUGCACCUGUCAUAGACACUUAGUUACCUGUACUUUCAACGAAUUUCAAAUGUGGAUGAGCUGGUCAAGGAUCUGGAAAUUGAUGUUAAUGACCACAUUGGUGACAGUGGUAUAUGCAGUUAUUAUAGCGCUGUGCUGGCGAUGAACAAAACAAGGAUCAACAUCACCUUGCCUGUGGUGCAGGCAAGCAUAGCAUAGCCACCAUAAGGACUGGCAAAAGGUCAUGAAUCUGGAUAUAGGACUAGAUGUUGAAAGUCAAGGAAAUGGGUGGGGAAAAACGGUGACAAAAAGGGUUAUCUAGAUGGGUUUACCAGCAGUUUUCUGAUGGUACCUAGGCGAACCAUGCAAAAUAACUGAGAAAGCCUUUAACGCGAGGGCAGUCAAACGAUGUAAAUAUGCAUGGCAUAUACCUACUUAUUGUACUUUCGACAGGAGCACGGGUCAAACGGUCCAAAAGUACCAUGCAUAAUUUUAUAUUAUGAUAUUGCAUACUAAAUCCAUCUUUGAUGCGAGAUUAAUGUGUUAUAUAAGUGCAAGUAUGUCCACAAGGAUGGUGUAUUAUGAGAUCUGUUUGGGAUGUAGCAUAAUAUGUAAGAAUGAUACAUGGUUGACGUGAUGAAAUAUUGACGUUAACUUGUACUUCAGUCACUAUGGUGGAUUAAAAUGAAGUUUGAAGUUAUUGGGUCUUUCCACUUCUCUAGAGCAGUUAUAUCAGUUUUUAUGAAUAAAAUGGAUCUGUCAUUAUU